ACCCAUUUCUGUUAUGGGCUUCUACCACAAAGUGCCUGAAUUUUUCUUGGCUCAAACUAAGUGGCCCUUUUAUUUGGAUUGGGCCGUGAAAGGAAUUGGGUAAAGAUAUUCUGAUUUUGACAAGUUGUCAAUUGUCAUUGAUCAUUCAUCCCGUACAUGUAGAGCUUCUCAUGGCCACAUUUUAGUAAUAAAACCCGUUGGAUCGGUGCAUCUAUGUUCAUAUUUGUUUGUAUGGUUGCAUUACUCGUUCAUCUCCAAUAAAGUGUAGAAACUCAGAAGUCAAAACAAAUUACCACUCCUCCCCCUCCGGGUCCGGGUCCUUGUUCAGACUGAGAGUGGACAAGUGGGGUACAAGUGGGCGAACGAGUCGGGGAGUCCCUCUCUCUCUCUCUGAAAAUUAUCCUGUAUAGAGAGAAAAUGCCAACCACCACUAAGAUCUACACCCUGCAACAAGCAUCAGAACACAACACAAGAGACGAUUGCUGGGUUGUCAUACAUGGAAAGGUAUACAACUUGACAAAUUAUUUGGAUGAGCAUCCAGGUGGAGAUGAUGUCCUCCUCACAGCAACUGGAAGGGAUGCCACUGAGGAUUUCGAAGAUGCGGGUCACAGUAAUAGUGCAAGGGAACUCAUGAAAGACUACUGCAUUGGGGAGCUGGAUCCGUUUUCUCAUACUGAAAAGGAACAAACAGGUCUUGUCCAGAAGAUCUUGCAUGUCUGCACUGCCCCAACUGCACAGGAUUGGGUUGUGCUAGCAGCCAUUGUUGGCGUAUCUGUGGCAGCUGGCAUGUUGUAUUUGCGGAGGAAGUGAAGCUAUAAUUUUCUCAUCAUAUGCUAUUGCUAACUACAAACAAAUUUUGAGUCAAUAUUGAGAGCUGAAACAGCCUAUUGCAUUUUUUUUGAACAUGGAUAGCCCUUUGUUAUUUUAUACAUACUGGUGAAGAAGCACAGGCAUUUGCAGUGCACAAGCAAAUAAAAUAAAUAAUAAUUGAUUGGCGUUAUACAUCUUUGAUCU